GUGGCACCUGGCCCAAAAGCCAGUGGCUCCACAAGUGAACACCAGUGCCUGCCACAAACUCCCAGUCCUGGCUGUUUUAUAUGCAUGCUCCGGGCCCUGGGCUCCUGCCAUGGUUGGUAGGGCUGGAUUUUGCUGUGCCUAGCAGGAGAAAUGGGGAAGGAGUGCAUGGUCUCCAGUGACAAUGUCUUUGUUGAUGUCAAUGCUGCAGAUGGAUACAAACGGUUCUGUUGUUCUCAGCCCUGGAAGGGAGGGUUGUGAAUGAGCUCUCUGUGCUGCUUGAAGUGGGAGGAGAGACGAGCCAGGGAGCCAGCUAGGGUGGUGGUGAGAGCUCACUCUCCGGACAUUCUCCCUCCAGGAGAUGGUGGGAGGGUCCAGCCCCAGCUCCACUCCUGGGAGGAGAGACUGAGAUCCUGGAGAUAGUAGGCACCACUGGGAAGAAACUGUUUGCCCUGAGGCUCCAGAGUUCCAAGCUGAUGGCAUGGCCCUGGCACCAUGGAGAUGGCAUAGGGAAGGUGGCCACAACUUCUAGGGAGGGGUGAGCUGUCUUGUAAGAGCUGGCACUGUGAUAGCUGCCCAGGAGAUUCCAUGUCGAAGCAACAUCCCAGCGCCCUUUGCAUGCAGUCUGGUCCCACUGAGCCCUGGAAGAAAAGGGAAGUUUGCAGAGAGGCGCUUAAGCCAAGGCAAAGCUGGUUGGAAAGGAUGUGACCAUCCAAGCAGCCAGGAGAAAGCAGGACCUGAUGAGAGAGGUGACAUGGUGACCACAAUGCUGCAGAAGAAGAAGCACUGGAGGUCCAUGUGCAAGGGGCUUGUUCUGGGAACUGUCCUGACCAGCUUUAUGCUACUGCUGUACUCCUACGUGAUUCCACCCCUGCAAGUCAGCAUGAUGGAGAUUCCUAUCCCUUACUCCUGCUCCUCCUAUCCUGCCCAGGCCAGGGUGCCAGGUGCAGCAAACAGCACCCACAGUCCCCCGGGGCAAGGAUGUCUUCCCAAGCUGGACAUCAUGUUCAUGAAGACACACAAGACAGCCAGCAGCACCAUUCUAAACAUCCUCUUCCGCUUCGGCGAGAAGCACCGCCUCAAGUUUGCCUUCCCCAAUGGCCGCAAUGACUUCUAUUACCCCUCCUACUUUGAACGCAGCCAGGUCCAGGACUACCAGCCCGGCAUGUGCUUCAAUAUCAUUUGCAACCACAUGCGCUUCCAGUACCAGGAGGUGCGCAAGCUACUGCCAGCUGAUACCAUCUUUCUGACAGUGUUGCGGGACCCCGCCUACCUCUUCGAGUCCUCCUUCCACUACUUUGGACGCAUCAUCCCCCUCACCUGGAAGCUGCAAGGCGAGGACAAGCUGGCAGAAUUCCUCCGUGAUCCAUGGCACUACUAUGACCCUAACGGGUUCAACGCUCACUACCUCCAGAACCUGCUCUUCUUUGACCUGGGCUAUGACAACAACAUGAAUGCCAACAGCCCCUUGGUGGACCAGUACAUCCAGGAGAUCGACCAACAUUUCCAUCUGGUCAUGCUGUUGGAGUACUUUGAUGAGUCCCUAGUGCUCCUGAAGGACCUGCUGUGCUGGGAGCUGGAGGACAUCCUCUACUUCAAGCUCAACGCCCGCAAGGACUCCACUGUCUCCAAGAUGACGGGUGAGCUCUAUGAGAAGGCCACCUACUGGAACCUCAUUGACGCCAAGCUCUACCGCUACUUCAAUGCCACCUUCUGGCGCAAGGUGGAGGCCUAUGGGUGGGAGCGAAUGGCCAGGGAUGUGGCCGAGCUGCACCAGGAGAAUGAGAAGAUGAAGAGCAUCUGCAUCGAUGGAGGGCACCCUGUGGAUGCCAACGCCAUCCAGGAGUCCUCCAUGCAGCCAUGGCAGCCGCUGGGCCAGAAGUCCAUCCUGGGUUACAACUUGAAGAAAAAGAUCAACAAGAAGCACCGGAAGCUGUGCCGCAAGAUGUUGACGCCCGAGAUCCAGUACCUGACUGAUCUGGGCGUCAACCUCUGGAUCACCAAACUCUGGAGCCACGUGCGGGAGUUCUUAAAGUGGUAACAUGUGAACUGCAGCUCUCCCCAACUCCCUCCCCUCUGCUGCCCCCAUCCCCACCCAAGAGAAGAACCAAGUGAUUUCAUUUUCAUUUCUUCCGUACGUCUGUUGGCUGGAUACGGGACAUGAUGCAUCGUCAAUGAGCAGAACUGGCUUGAGGCUCCAACAGGGAAUAGUAAGUUAGAGACCAUGCCUCCCACCCCCUAUUCUGGAGAUCUGGUUACACAGGAGGGAAGAGGAACCUCUGACACUUGCAGAUGGAGAUUCACUGGGGUGUGAGUAAGGAAAGGGUCAGUUGGCCACCCCUCCUCCCACCUAGCUCCUCAACACCAUCUGUCUAAGGUGCUCCUGGGUCAGCUUCCACCACUGCAUCCUCAGGUCAGUGCUGCAACACUGAGUCUAACCAUCUUAGCCCGCUCCCCUGAAUGAGCUGAGGGCAGGCCCUGUGGAGCAAGACCAGGACACGGGACACUAUAAUUGAUUACAGUAUCUUACUAAUUGUUUGGGGGUUGCUUUUCACAAUGUUUUUUUUUUCUUGCUUCCAUUUGAAAGCGUUGGGGGCAGCGUCUGUGACAGCGGGAUCCCAGCCCGGGUCAGUCACUCAUGUUAAUAGCAGUAUAUCUGUCACAGCGUAAACAGGAGAUAAGCUAUAGGGGUUGCGUGUGUGUGUGUGUUUGUACUGAUGGCUGAGUUUUUGUGCUGCACACUGAUGGGUGUAUGCUUUAAUGUGUAUGCAAUGCAUUGCAAUGUGUGAAGGAAUCUCUGGGGGAUGGGGGAUGUCAGAUGUGUUAUACUGUAUAUUCUGGGUGUGUUGCGCUUGUGAACAAUACAUUACUCUGUGUGUGUGUAAAUAGUACAUGACAGUGAACACUGGAAUUAAUGGGGGGAUGGCCAGUAUAUUUGCUGGUGGUUUGCGGGGAGCCUUAGCCUGUUACAUUACAGGAUUCUCUCUGUGUGUGAGAGACUGAUCUGUUACACUGUGUAUUUGUUGUGUGAACAGUACUCUGCAGCAAACAUUGGUCUCUCUAGAUGUGUCACUAUGUCACUGUGUGUAUCUCAGAGUGUGCAGGGUGCACAUACAGGAAUCCGUGCAUGGUUGACAUGUGGUGGCUGUGUACAAUACAGUACAGAGAAUAUCCAGAUCUUGUGUAGGGGAUAUAAGAGGGAGUGUGUGUGUGGGAAGGUGUGUGUGUGUGUGGGGGGGGGGGUGUUGACCAGCCUGUUUGCCUGCAUAUCUGUUUAGAGCUGCACAAGUCACACUAUGGCUGAUACACCAGACAGCACUCUUUGUCCAUUCUAGAGACAGCCCUUUGCACUGAUUCACACUGGCCUAGAGACUGUCAGUUCCAUGUAGACCAUAUACAGUGUGUGUGUUAAGGUCAAUAUGUGUCUACAUGCUGGUUUUUAUCUGCAUCAGAGGGCUUAGUUGGCCACAAUAGUCUUCUACCUGCACUGACUCAGACCAGUCCAUAUAUGGAAAAUAACCCCCAAGGCAGCAGUCCUUAAAUGCAUUAAGAUGGUCAAUGUAUCACAUUUAAUCAAACUGAUUCUCCCAUAGCACUGAUAUUGAACAGUCUAUGCAUGAGUCAUACUACUCCGAGUGGUAUAUAUUACCAGCUCAAGCUGCACCUAGCUCAACCUCUAUGUACGUGUUUUUAUGGCGUUCAGUCUGUAGUUGGCCAUCGGUCCUUAUAGCACAUUAUUGACUAGCAGCCAGCAAAAUGACUAUAUUGAUUGAAGCAGCAUCAACACUUGAGUUUCGGGCAUGUAUAAAAACCCCACUACACAAGCCUUCUCUGGGUUGGCUUGUGGUCCUUGAAUUUCUAACCAGCCUAGCAGGUUCAAAGCAAAACAAAAGAAAUGAUAAAAGUCCUUUCAGGGUGUCUGUCAACAAAAUCCCAGUCUCCAACAGCUGUUUCCUGUGGAGCUUUCACUGCAUGAACCUGGCCACUGUCAGAUCCUUCGCUGCAGGGGUCUCAGGCCUAGGGCUGGACACUGGACGGUAGAUUUCCACUGUAACCCAUAGCUCCAGUUGCCCUGUGUGUAUCAUUCCCUGAGCCAGCGUGGACUCAAUGCUCCAAGCUUUCCAUCUUCCUGUUGGACCAUGGCUGGUUGGCCCUCAGCAGAGCAAAGCAUGGUCUCUUCCUGCCCCCAUACCACCAGUUAGAGGGUCCCAUGGUGCCCCUCCCUAGAGGGGAGGCUGGGCAUGAGCCACGGGAUCUGGUGAGAACUGGUGGGGGUACAGGGAGGGCUUGGGAGAGAGGCUGAGGGGACAGGACAGCAUGUAACCUGCUUUCUCUUCUUGCUUUGACACUUGGCUGGGGUGGGGAGUCCAGAGGGGAAGGGGGAGCAGGAGACAAGCUCUCAGCAGCUUCUAUGCUUAUGACCCCUCACAAUGAGCCAGCCGCUAACCCUGCAGCCACUGCACCUCUCUGCAGGAGAAUGGGACAGAGCCGAAGGGCAAUGGGACCCAACCAGGGUGCAGUAUGAGGGCGACGCAGGGGCAUCAGCCUGGGGAGGGACUGGGCUGAGCAGCAGCCAUCAUGGACGUGUUAGGAGGGAGCUAGCAAGCAGGGAGGGGCCCCAGGGCAGUGCAGCUAGAGGCACACCUCGUCAGGCUAUACAGGGAGUAACCCCCUGGAACGGGGUGGAAGCAGCCCAGCUGCACAGAGGCAAGGAGGGAGGGUGGCAAGAGCAGACAGAGGGCAGUCCUUUGAGGGAGCACUGUCUGAAGAGGGGAGGGGUGGGGGGAGCCCCUGCUUGGCAUUGAAUCCCCCAGCUUUACGGCCCACCUGCCACUACAAGCUUGGACUCUGGGAAUGAAGCAGCUGGAGACUCCGUGGUGGUGGGGGAGGGGGACAAGAUUCCAGCCACCCCCCAGCACCACCAGGAAUUUCCAGCAGGGGAGAACUCACCUGUCCUGCAUUUGCAGCCCAGGGCCCUCUGCCCCCACCCCAUGGACUCAACCUCCCAUGGCCACAGGGGAGCUGGGGUGGCCACAUGACCUGCUUUGCUGCUCUGCCAGCACUGCGCUUGGUUCACACCCAGGGCAGCAGUUCAUGGAGUGACAAGAGGCCCAGUGAGAGCAGGACAAGCACUAAAGGCCUCUCCUCCCGCAGCCCAUAUGCAGCUGCUGGCAAAGGGGUCCUCUGCCGAAUCUGCAGCCCAGGGUGCUCCAGAGGGGGCAUGGCGGGGAUUGGGUGCGGUGGCAUGUGGCAGCGGCAAAGGAGCUGGUUGCAGGCGUCUGGAAGAUGGGAGACGGGGUGAUGCCCCCACCCCCCCAAGACAACUGCUUGGAGCAUAGGCCCCAGGUUCAUGGGGCUGUGCUGGAGAGAGACUUCCCUCACAGACAGGACUUGGGGGGCACGUUAGGGUGAGAGCAGGCAGCUUCAGGGAAGACUGGUCCCUGUCUCUCCCCUGUGAGUGGACUUCAGGAGGCAAUGGCUGGUUCUGUGCCCCAUCAGCAGUUCUCAGCAGCAUCUCCAGGGCUGUGGCGGGAGCCUGAGGGUGACCCCUAACUGGCAUACAGCAGAGCAGAGUGCAAAGCCUCAUCCUCGGGGUGGCCUAUGGGACGGUAGUGCCAGCGCACCCUGUUCCGUCUUUAAAGUUGCUCAGAUGCAGAAGGAGCCAUGCAGGCGGGGAUCUGUGGUCCUCGUGCACGGCCCAUGUGCUUUAAAGUGGAAGGUAACCCCGGACCUUGCUGUCAGACGGCAUCCUUCCUCUCCCGGCCACAGCCAUUGGGUGCCAUCGAUACUCCUUGGCAGGAGGGUGUCUAACGUUCUGCUCUGCUUGGAAAGACAGGGACUAAAAUGAUCAUUUUGUAUGACAAUUAUACUGUAUAUUUGACAGUUUUUAAUAUAUGAACCAUUCAGCUGUU